AUGGCUACCUUCGUACACCCUUAUCCUUAUACCAUGGACGUCCCAUUCGGAUGUCCCAUGAGUGUCAUGGCAGCAACCCCAUCGCCAGGAUACGCGUUGACGCCUUCUUCUUACUAUACCAGAACUCCAUCACCUUCCACUCGAGGCAACAUAGGACACCAGCCCAUUCUUGGCCAAGUCCAAGAUCCUUCAUUCUUUGAAGAGGCAAUGGGUGGCUCACCUGUUCCCCUGGAAGCACCUUUCGGCAUGAUGCAAGCGCCCCUCCAAUACAAUGCCGCACCAAAGGCAUACAAUGAUCGUUUAACUUCAUUGCCUAUACUGCCAAGUACCGAGGCUGAAAGAAAGCCCAAUCGGCGGGCUCGAAACCAAAAACACUUGCUGCCUGGCAUAAAUGGCCCAGAAGAUGUGAGCGACGCAAUCGCUGCACCAAGCCCUCCCCAACAGAAAAAGCGUGGCCGCAAACCCAAAGGAGAACCCAAAGACUCAUACAAGGUUCACCAAGAUAUCAGGCUGGAUGAGGACGACCUUCCCAAGGAUCCGCGGCGUCGACGUAUUCUUGAGCGUAAUAGGAUAGCUGCCACCAAGUGUCGCCUUCGAAAACGGGAUGAAGCAUCCGCUCUGGCUUCCCAAGAACAGGCCAUGGAGGACCAGAAUCGAUAUCUUUCCUCAUGCUUCGACUCUUUGACUGCUGAGAUAUAUCACCUGAAAACGCAAUUAUUGCAGCACACAGAUUGCAACUGUGUACUAAUCCAGAAGUAUAUCGCCAAUGAAGCCAAAAGGACAGUCGACGGUCUGAGCUCCUGCACCUCGGCGUUCCACCCUGACAAUGACCCGACGAGUCCAUUUCGUCGAGGUUCAUGUAACAGCGGUACUAGUCCCUCAAACUCACUAGGUGUGCCUACUCCCGAGUUUGAAGGAGUCUCCCCAGCUUGGUCACAUCCCUUCCCAACAGGCCAUGCAUCGCCACCAGAGGUGGGAGACGAGGUAUUCGACAUGUCGAUGGAUCAGCACAGAAAAGGAUCAAUUCUCAUGCAUGACCCAUCACUUGUCAGUAUGGUACCAUUCCAUCAUUCCGAGUCCGAGGCAUAUGUCGGUAUGGGACCUCCGGCCCACCCUCUUGAUGGGAUCGCAUGGAACCAAUCUUGGGGCUUCUAA